CCCGGGGGCCCGUUUCCUUUCCAAAUUCCACCUCACUACUGUGUCACUGUGUACGGAGUAGAUAACCGUAUGAACUCUACUACGCACCUUACCUACCUUGCGUUAGUACGGAUAGGCAAUCCCGAUUCCCACAUCUCCCUCUGGCCUCUGCAUGUUCGUAGCUCGACGGAUAUCCGCCAACCCGCUACUAGUCGCCCGCGUCAAAUCACCUUCACCAUGGAAGAUGCUGUCACCCACCAUCACGACCUUAGCCAAACCAGCUGCACGAUCCUACCAUCUCGAAAAGGACGUGACGCAUCCGUCCCACCCGGCCGGGCCGUCCAUUCUCUUCCAUCCAGAGAAACAACACAUCAACCAUUGAACCAACAGCCUGAACCAUUCGAGCUGAACUUGAAGUUCACAGCCCAAUCAGCGCCCAGUCGCAGCACACACAACCCACCCGAGCUUAAUCGAGGUCAUGAUCGUCUUACACACCCCUUGGCCAAGCGUUGUUUUCAAAAAAAAAAAAAAAAAAGCUUGCACCUCGGACAUUCACCAGACUCCUUCAUCCGCUGUUGUUCGAUACGGUCGACAAUGGCGAGUGCAUUCGUUUUUUCAGACGUACGGAACUCUCAUGUGCAGGACAUACAUCAGCACUAUGCUACGCGAUUCCUUGAUCUGCGCGGCAUAGUUUGUUAUCACAUGCUGUCUUGACCGAGUCCAAGGCACCGCACCCAGAUCGCACCCUACCCCUCCACAAGUCACGAUAUAACCAACUUCGCUUCUCUAAGUCAUCACAUACGACCAUACCCAUUG